GGCUGGUGCUCUGACGUGACAGCAUGAGAUUAACAGAGUCGGGUCAAGAGAGUAGCGCAUUGUCCGUCUGCUGGCAGGCGAGCUCUCAUUGUUUAUUAGCGUCAGCAUUUUAUCGUCACACGCUGAAAUGCGCGUGCUCUUCUUAGCCCCAAACAGUCCCAAAACAGGGAACUGUACCACUGCUGAAAGAAUAAGGAAUCAUAUCGUGGCUGCAGGACAUGCUUGUGUACUGUGUGAUACAAGAGAGUUCAGUUCUGCUUCUGAUGUAUCAUCCCUGAUGACGCAAGAGCCGCGGUUCGAAGCUGCGCUGGCCAUUCAUCUUUUCAAAGGAGGCAGGCUUCUUUUAGAUGUUGGAGUGCCGUUCGGAGUGGUGUUUGGAGGGACGGAUGUAAACGAGGAUGUAAAAGAUGAGCACAAGCGGGCUGUGAUGGAGGAAGUUCUGCGGAAAGCCAGGUUUGCUGUGGCGUUCACUGAUAAACUGAAAGAACGUGCAGAGGAGCUCUUGGUAUGUGAGAGCAAGAAGAUCUAUGUACAGCCUCAAGGGAUUGAGACCAGAGCGGCAUCACAUUUCAGCUGGCGUGACUUCUUACACAGCACAGGCGUGCGUACCAAGCAAGUGGAAAAUCUACGUGUGUUUCUGCUGGUAUGUGGAGUCAGACGAGUUAAGGAUCCUCUGUAUCUUCUAGAAGCUUUUGAAGAAUGGCACAGUCAGAACCCCCCUGUGGUCCUCAUCAUCAUUGGUCCAAAGAUAGAUCCCGUGUUUACCGCAGUGGUUGAGGAGAGUGUCAAGAGGUCUGUUGGAGUAUAUCUGGCGGCUGAUUUGAGUCAGGAAGAGCUGCAUGCUGCCAUGCAGAAAUCAUUUGCCCUGGUCAACUCGUCUCUCUCAGAGGGAAUGUCUGCUGCCAUCUUAGAGGCGAUGGAUUUAGGUUUGCCUGUUUUAGCGAGGGAUGUUCCUGGAAAUGCUGCAAUAGUCGAGCAUGAGGUCACAGGACUGCUGUACUCAAGCCCUCAGGAAUUUGUAAGCUUGUCCAGAAAACUUCUGGAUGACCAUGAGCUCCAGGAAAGACUGGUGAGGAACGGAAAGAAUUACAUUACAACUUGCCACAACCCGAUGAAGGAGAGAAUAACCUAUCAGAAACUGGUGGAGACUCUUCAUUGACAGUAUGUUGGGAUAAACAUUUGUCUCAGGUCUUUAAGAACUUUACAAAAAGGUGAGGACUUGCUCUUUCAAGAGCUUUUAAGACUGAAUUGCAUAUUUCAGUUGGAUAUGCAAGCCUCUUCCAUGACUGCCAAGAUAAUGGAGGCCAUUUGUCUGGCUAUCAGAGGAAAAAUAUAUUUAUAUGACAUGUUAUAGGACAUAGGUGAUGUUUCACCAGGCAUAAAAGGGACACACAUUUUACUAUACAUUUACAUUUACUUAGUACUUAAAUUACAACUUAUCAGGUCCUAGAACAAGGACGGAUGACAGAUCUGGCAGUUUGUUUGUUUUUUGUUUUUUUUGAGGGGUGGUAAUUUAUCUAGAAGUGAGUGCCUGACUUUCAUUCGACACUAAACACAGCCGAGCUCUUGUGUGCACAGACAAGACAGCAAGUGUUUGCAUUCUACUUUGUUGUGUUGUGGUGCUUGUUUGACAAUUGGGUAUAAAAGUGCCAGUGUUACCACAGUUAUUGUGAGUUUUCUGGGUUAAAGAAUGUGACAUUACUUUGCUAGCAAGAAUGAUUCCUGCUCUUAGGAGGAUCUAAGCUUAAACUGUACAGACAGCUUGUGUUCAUGUGUGCAUAUGUAAUAUGAUGUGAUAGGCAAGACAUACGAUAAACUAAAAAUGUACUAUACUUGAUUUUUCUAAACAAAUGCAAGACAUGAAGUGGGAGAUCCACUAUAAUAGAAGCCGGAUCCAGUUUCAAAAGUGCUAGAUUUAGUUUGUUUGGUACAAAUUAUGCCCUGCUUUUACUGUAGUAAAAUUUAGAGCUUUACUUUUUUUUUUUUUAACUCUGUUGAGGCCAAGAUUUUCAGGCUUAACAAACUACAAAGACAAUUCUGUUAGACAGCUGCCAAACUGUUUUUUUUUUUUUUUUUUUUAAAGGCCAGAUGAAGAACAUUGAUGCUCUCUGUACAAUAAAUGAAACACAAGAUUGUUUUUAAGGACACAUUUUACUCUUCAAAGGAUUUUUAAUUUAUUCAUGAAUGUUACUGUGUUCAGGGAUUAGGGUUUGUAUUUAGAGGUUUUGCUAAAGUUAUUAUAAAAUAUUUAUUCUCUUUGUAACUAAGACUGUAUGUCUCAAAUCUUAAACCAUGACUUUUUAUGAUUGUAUCUACAUUUCUUUCAAUUUCAUGGCACAAUAAAAUAUACUGUAAACACUUGUAUACAAACUUUUGAAAUUUCAGUUUAAUUAUAGAGGUAAAAUAUAUACAAUAGAGGUGCUCUGUGGGAAUUUUUGGCCUGUGUGUGGUCUCAGCCAUAUGUUUUCCUGAAUAUGCACCAAAAUAUUGUUAUAUUGUGGAAAAAUUGUCCAACUCCAACUUUGCGGGUGAUGUGGAGUUUUAUAUGGGCAAGCGUCACUCAUUUUCUUCAGAAAAUGUAAAAUAUAUAUAUAUUUUUUACUACUGUUUUUAUUUACCUCCACACCUGGAGUUACCACAAAUGUAUUCACCAAUAUGAAAACCUGGGACAAGCCAAUGGUGCUUUACAUUUGAGCAUUGAAAGAUAACGGAUUACAAAAGAUAA